AUUUAAUUCAUGCUUCUCCCUCUCUCUCUCACACUUCACUCUCCCACUCUCUCUCUACAAUCCAAUAAAACUCCCCCUCUGAAACUUCCAUUCCGUGGCACAUAUCUCUCAGAUCCCUGCCAUUUUUCAUAUUCAAUUGGAUCACCUCCUGUCGAUCACUUUCUCUCUCUAGGAUCCUGCUCCUCGCGUCGCUGUCCGUACAGCAUUUCUCUGGAGAGUUAAGGUUUUUUCAUAUCUACUGAAAGGGAUAGAUAUUACCAUGAAGAUUGGAAUCCAACUUUGAAAAUAUCCGUUGGGAAAGUUUUGCCAGUAGCACACUGUCUAUGUUUGGACAUACUUUGGGCUGUAUGAUUUGAGUGUGUAUAGUGGUGAAGGUGGCUCACAUGUACGUAGAGGCGUGGACUUUAGUGACCUUCAAGGUAUCAUUGGUGGUGUUGCUUCGUUGCUGCUGAUUAUUUGGUUGGAGGGAGAUGCUGGAAACGGAGUCUUGUCCUUCACGGGUUUUAUCACCAUUCCGCGAGGAGAGUGGGGACGAGGAGCUCUCUGUUCUUCCGAGGCAUACGAAGGUUAUUGUGACUGGGAAUAAUAGAACAAAGAGUGUUCUGGUGGGGCUGCAAGGCGUUGUCAAGAAGGCAGUUGGCCUUGGUGGAUGGCAUUGGCUGGUUUUGAAGAAUGGGGUUGAGGUCAAGCUCCAAAGGAAUGCUUUGAGUGUGUUGGAACCUCCAACUGGAAAUGAAGAAGACGAUGAUUAUGAUUUUGAUGAUUCUAGCAGUGGUUCUGACAUUGGUGGGAAAGACCAUCAUCCCUUCACUUCUGGCUUUCAAUUCAGCAAGAUAAACAAACCACGAGCUCGGUAUAGUAGACCGUGGUCGCCAUCUCCAUCCAUGAAAUCAGUCAAUCGGAGUAGUUGCAGAGAAGUUCAGUUCAAAUGUCAUACAACCCAACUGAGAGUUAAUUUGUCGAAGCUCGGAACUGGAUCGCUGUGGAGAUACUGGCGGAGCUUCCAUCUCGCACAUGUUAGUCCUAACCCUACUAAGGAGCAGCUGGUCAAUGCUAUCCAGCAGCAUUUUUCUUCACAGGUAUGCAUCCACAUUCACACACACACACACACACACACACACAAAACCAAGAGUAUCAUCAUCAUAGUCACAAAGUUUGAGAUUUUUGAAAAAUAAAAUUAAGAAAUGUAACAUGUUGCUUUUGUGAAUACAACACAGCAGCAUGUGGAUGAGGUACAAGUGAUUGUGGAUUUCAUCCGCGCAGCCAAGAGACUACAACCUGUUGUUGGCAUAAAUUGAGUGAGAUAUAUAUAUAUAUAUAUAUGCCUCAUUUACCUGUAAUAUAUCUAUCUAUAUAUGUAUGUAUGUAGCGACUACUCUAGUUUUCACCUUUAAUUAACUGCUAAUCUCAGAGAUCAGGUUUGUAUGUGAGUUUUAACAUAUUCCUAGUCUCACAACCCUAACCUUGUAUCUUCACUAGUGGGCCAAUUAAUAUUAUCCUCCACAAUUUUCUCAAA